CCAGGUGCUAAAGCAAUGAUGUGAAUUGUCUCUAUAUUUCCAAGAAACUUCACUCACCUCGAAAUAUAGUCGGUAUUUCUGUGAAUUUUAAGUGAACUGAAAGUGUUACUAAAAUGGAUAGAAUUAAUGGAUGGCAAAGUUAUGCAACAAUUUGUCGGUUGUGUCUUCAGAAAGAUGGGUUCAUGUUCGGCAUAUUCAAUCAAAAUAGUGGAAACGAAAAGAGUUUAUAUAAGAAAAUCGUGGAUUGUACUGCACUUCAGAUUGCAAUGGACGAUGGUCUUCCCAACGUAAUAUGUCACCGUUGUUUGUACAAGAUUGAUUUUUGCUUGGAAUUUCGACAACAAUGCUUCGUCUCUGAUGCCACCCUAAGAAGAAUUAACGAUGAAAAUGAACCAUCAAUACUGCAAGCUCCAUUGAAUUUUCACGAUCAUACUGACGAUGUUGUCAUGGUGGUAGAUCCCAAUGUGGCCGAUUACAACUCUGAUAUUGAUGCUGAACCAGAGGUCCCCAGUGAAAACGAUAACUCUAUUUUGAACAAAAGUUACGGUUAUGGUUUUUCCAACAUAUCCAUGUGCAGGUAUUGUGACCACGCUUUCAUGAGCAAAGAAGAAUGUAACUCACAUGAAACGAUGGCCCACAAUAAUGAAACACCUUAUUCCUGUGCAGCAUGUAGUGUGAAUUUCGAGAACAGAAUCCACUAUUUAACACACCUCAAAAACGUGCAUAAAGACGAUAAGCCGUUUAAAUGUCCGCAGUGUUCGCGUACUUUUGCCAGGAGAUCAGAUUUGCGAAAACAUACAAUAGUUCAUACAGGUAUAAAACCCUUCACAUGCAAAGUUUGCUUUAAAUCCUUUUCUAGAAAUACUAAUUUAUCGAAACACAUGCGUAUACAUUCUGGACAUAAACUGUUUUCAUGCAAAAAAUGUCAUAAGAAAUUCUUAAGUAAAGCUGAUCUAGGAAAGCAUUCCGUUUACCAUUCCAAGGUCAAAACUAAAAAGGCACAGAUAUCAAAAAAAAAUUCCCAGAAGUCCUCUACUACUCAGGCAGUUAAUGGAGAAGAUAUUGAUGCGGAAAUUAACAAUGUCAAUAAUGACGCUGGAAACGAGAAUCAUUCAGAAAAUAUGGUGAUUAGUAUUGAUCCUUUCACUCAGGAUACUUUCCAAGAUGAAGACGAUGACCAAAUGUCUACUUCUUCAAGAAUUUCUGAUCACAAUGCUGAUUACGAACAAAUCGUGUCCACAAGUCAACAAGAAAAUUAUUAUUCGAAUGAUGCUCAAGAAAAUUCAACACAAUCCUCACCAUCGCGGCCUUUUGUAUGUAGUACUUGUAAAAAAUCUUUCAUGAGAAAAAGAGAGCUAGAUAGACAUAUUCUUACCCAUACGGGAAUGAAACCCUUUAAAUGCACAAGAUGUGAUAAGAGCUUUGGAAGAAAAGACAAACUUGUCAGGCAUAUGAGGAUUCAUGAUGUGAAUAAACAAUUCUCAUGUGAUAUGUGCGAAGAAACAUUUAGUCGUAAGGAAAGUUUAACACAACAUCAAAAAGUUUAUCAUACAAGUUAUCACAAUGAAGUUUUUUAGUUCAAUCUUGUUCUCUUCUAUUUGAAAAUAUGUUAAAUAAAUUUACCAAUGCUUUAGGUUGUUGGAUACUGAAAGCCGAAUCGAUUUCUAUUUUUAAAAUAAAUUGUAUGAAAAGA